AUGCCGAUUGUGCUGCCGCUGUAUGCGCUGCAUGCGAUGAGGGUGCGGCUGCUGCUGCAGUCGGGGGGCAGACUGUGGAGACUUGCAGCAACAGCAGCAGCAGGAGCAGGGUCGACGAAAUCUGCUGCUGCUGCUGCUGCUGCUGCUGCAACCGUCAGCAGCCUGCAUGCAGUGGCUCUGUGUGAUGCUGCUGACGCGCUGCUUCUCUCCUGCAUCCAGGCCUUUGGGGCCGACAGCAUAUUGGGGGGAGAGGGGAGGAGCCCGCAGCUGAGCCCUUCUUCUCCCCGCAACAGCAACCACGUGCAGCGGAGCUCAGACAGCAGCAGCAGCAGCAGCAACAGCAGCAGCAGCAGCAACGGGAAGAGCAGCAGUGGCAGCCAGAAGGGCGCAGCAGCAGAAGAAGGCCGUCGCUUUGUCUCUUCUCAGGUGUCUCUGCAGCUGUACCUAGACCAUGCAGGAGACAUAGAAAGUCUGGUUGAAGCAGACGGAGAUAUUAUGCCGAUUGUGCUGCCUCUGUAUGCGCUGCAUGCGAUGAGGGUGCGGCUGCUGCUGCAGUCGGGGGGCAGACUGUGGAGACUUGCUGCUCUCUUCCCCUGGAAAUACACACGCCCCCAACAGCAGCAGCAGCAGCAGCAGCAGCAGCAACAGCAGCAACAGCAGCAACAGCAGCAGCAGGAGAUAGUAGCCGCGUUAGACGCGGCGUUGUAUAUGUGGCGAACGGGAAAAGUUGAGGCGCUGCUGCAGCAGCAGCAGCCACAGCAGCAGCGGCAGCAGCAGCAGCAGCCAGUGCUACCUGGCGAUCAUCUGCUGCCCCUACAGAGUGCAGCAGACGUGAUGAGAGAUGCCGUCGACUGUCUUCAGUAUCUCGCUGCCAAGAGGGGCUCUAUCCGCCUGGCUGCGCCAGAUACGUGGAUGAGUACACACUACCAGGCCUUCAGGUCUCGCCGCCGCAGCUACGACUACAGAAGAUUAAAAAUAUGUUACUUGCUGCAGGAUACUAUAAGGGGUCUAGCUCAAGGGGCGCUAGCUGCAGCAGAGGAGGGGAAGCAGAAGCAGUUGCAGCAGCAGCAGCAGCAGCAGCAGCAGCAACAGCAGUCGCAGCAGAAGAAAAAACAAGAACAGCAGCAAACUGUGGUGCUACCUGAAGGCUGGGUCUUUGGGGGCGUAGACCGUAUAGAGAGACUCGAUGAGCUGCAUGCAGCAAUGAAGAUACUGCAGUCGCAGUCGCAGCAGAAGAAAAAACAAGAACAGCAGCAAACUGUGGUGCUGCCUGAGGGCUGGGUCUUUGGGGGCGUAGACCGUAUAGAGAGACUCGAUGAGCUGCAUGCAGCAAUGAAGAUACUAACAGAGACAGUGGAUGUACAGCUGAAGCUGCUGCGUCGACUGCAGCAACGACUGCAGCAGCAGCAGCUGCAGCAGCUGCAUCAGCAGCAACCAUCUGUACAGCAGCAGCAGCAGGAUGCAGCAGAUGAAGAGGUGCGGCUAACAAGCAUGCCGCUGCAGGUCAAGGUAUGCGAGGUGUUGCUGAGUGCUGCAGCAGAAGCUUUUGCUGCUCUAACUGAAGCAACACCAGAAGUAUUAGAUAUGAAUGAGAUGAGACAGGCAAUAAGUAUAAUGUUCCCGCAGAAUGAAUUACCCCCAGCAGAGUUGCAGUGUACAUACACCUCAGAAACAGCUGCAUUAGAUAAACGUUUAUUAAUAUUUCUCAGAGAUAUUAUCUCUUCUUCUCGUUCUUGUCUUAUUGACAUAGCUGAAGCAGCAGAAGGGGAGCUGCUGCAGCUGCCUUUGGGUUUAUUUAGGGGGCUAGAGGUUCGCUUUGCUGAUAUAGAUGCUGUCUUUGUUGCUGCAUGCAAGAAGCUGCUCUACUGCAACCCACCGCCAUCGCAGCAAGCUGUAUGCAUGCGGCUCAGUCUCGGGCAGCAGGUCCGCUGCAGCAGCCAGAUGAGAGACAUAGACGAUGGGAGAGAAGCACAGGCUGCGCUGCAGCGGGCUCUCAAGGCCGAUGGUUCGCUGGGGGCAGCAGCAGGCAGAGGCAGGGCAGCAGCAGCAGCAGCAGCAGCAACAGCAACAGCUGCAGCAGCAGCAGCAGCAGGUGCAACAGCAGCAACAGCAACAACGUAG